GUUUUUCGGUUCCUUGUUGAUGAUACGUUGCAGACAGCAGAAUUUCAUCGCUGUUUUAGUCUUUCAUUGUGAUGAUAAUGACAGGAAGAGCCUUGAAGGCCCCAAGCAAAUAUUGUUCAUGUGGUUGUGGAGGGAUGAAGGCCUAUCACACCUCUAUUUUACCAGCAAAAGCUGAGACUAUAAAGAAAACAGCAUUGCAAAAAUCUGCAAAGAACAGUCAAAAACCACACAAAUACCCCAAUGCAAGUCAAAAGUCUUCAAAUUUCUACGGGCCAAAAUCAAGACGAACUGUUGCUUCAGAUUCUUUAGAGAUAAUCAGAGCUGAGUAUGAUACAUGGAAGGACAUGAAGUUGGCUGUAGAGUGCCUGUUGAUGCUCAAAUCUUCCCAGAACUGGGAACAAGUUCCAGCUAUGACUCGGAGCAUGAGUGUACAGGAUACAGUUGAGAAUGAAAUGGAGGCAGCAGCCAAAGGACUUUUGCUGCUAAAAAGUGCAUCACAGAUGCAGAAAAUUAAUCAGUCUAGUGCUUUACCAGCAUUUUUUGGUCUUACUAGUUCUCCAGACAAAGCUGGACCAGAACAAAGUGAAGACUUGAACUUGAAGGAAGCUGCUGAAGGAUUGACAGUGCUAAGUGGCAUCAACAAACCUCAUACAGGAGAAAGAUGCAAGAAGCCUUGGGCACUGGAAAAUCCAAGGCUACCCCAGAGUGGCAGACAUUUCUGUCAACCAAUUGUAUCCAGUAUUGUUACUCCUGCCUGUGUUCAGUUUGAGCAUGAGUAUGAUGUAGAGAAUGCUUUGGAAGGACUUCUGAUGCUCAAUCGAGCUAGUGCAUAUAGUCACAUUACUAAGUGCAAGGCGCACCUUGGUUCUGAGGUCCCAGAGCAUCCCAUGGUUCCUCAGGAUUUUGCAAAAGCCAAGCAUAAAAUUGAUGUGGAGAAUGUUGUGGAGGCCCUUUUCAGGUUGGCUGGUGCCAGAGGGGGUGUGGCUGUGGACAAAGAAAGUGCUGAGACUGAAAAGAUGAUGGUGUUGCAGAAUAAAAGACAGUCCACUAUUGUUCCAUCUUUCAAUGAUUUAUCUGAUGGACCUUACUCUUCAACGUCUAAUCCUGACUCACUGAUUUCAACCUCUGAUGCAGUAUUGAAUGCUGGAAAGAGUAUCAGACUUGUGAUCAUGAACAGUGAUUGUGAUCUUCCAGCCUCUGUUGUUUUGACAAGGCAGCAUGUUGUCUCUGGCGAGGCUCUGAUGAUAGGGGCAGAAGUGGAGGUCCCAGCACCAGCUUGGAAAAUUCCUGGUGUUUCCCAGCCUAUUGCAACACCACAUACCAAACCUCAGCUGUCAGAAAUAGAGUACACUGUCAUCCCGUCCUGUGAUCACAGUUACUGCAUUCAAGAGUCAAAGGGAAAAGCCAACUGCAAACAAGCCACUCCAACUGGCAAGAAGUUCAACAAAAGCCAAGGCAUCAAAAGAAAGGCAGAGAAUCUGGAGCAGAAAAUGGAGUUGAAGAAAGCAAAGGGAGAGUCAGUUUGUACCUCUGGUCUGCAGCACACUGUUGGAUCCAACUCUGACCAGUUCUGGGGGACCCAAAGAACAAAUUGAUUUUCAAAUCAGAAGCAAAACAGUGUGACUGGAAUUAUUCUGGAAUAUAUCAGAUAAUAAUUCUGAUAGUAAGAGCAUAACGUUGUGUAAAAAAUUAUAGUUACUCUUACUCACCCAUUUUACAAAAAAAAAAAAAGCUUAUGGAAAUACUAUUAAAAGCAGCUGUGAUAUGAAUGUGCAAUAUGUCAUUUUAAGAUAAUUAUAUAUAAGAUAAUGAUUAUGAUCAAUAUGUCAGAUAUUUCCUUGAACCUGAAAACUAAAAGUUUUUUUUUUAAUUCUGUGACUGUGCAUUUUGGUGACUGUGUAGGAGGAAUGUGAACAUUUUCUUUCAAAUAUAUUGUGUUAGUAUAUAGAGCCGAACCAUUUAAACAACUUAAAAUUACAUUUCCCAGUUUAUUUUGAAAUGGUGAAUAAGGUGUCUGAAUUUUUAAUGAAUAUUUUAUUUAAUGAUAUGACACAAUAUGUGGCUAUCAAUAUUUUUGAAUUCUCGAAUUUGGAAAUAAGAUAUACAACCAUCAAAAUUUUACUGAGUUAGAUAUUUUUAUGCAUACUCUAGCAUUUUUUAACAUAAGAGAGAAAUUUUUAUAAAUGGUUCACAUUUUUGUAGUCAUAUACAGACCAAUCUUUUUUCAUUCCAAUUGUUUGUUGAUGCUUUUGUAAAGUACAUAAAAAAUCAACAGUCUCACAUUUUGGUAUUUCACAAGGUUU